GCAGAAACUUUGGAAGAUAAUUUUAAUGUAAUAAUACUGCAACAAUUAAUGGGAACGACGUUACAACUUUGUAUAUCUGGUUAUAAUACACUUUUGGGCUCAGUAAAGAAAGAAGGAAUAACAUUGAUUAUAUUCUAUUCGUAUGCUUUUGGUGUCCUCAGUACAUUGUUUGUUUAUUGUUACAUCGGCGAGUGUCUUAUUCAGGAAAGUUCGAAUCUGAGCAACGCAUUUUAUCGUUACGAGUGGUAUAACGUAUCACCGACCAAUUUAAAAAUGGUUAACAUUUGCAUGUUGCGAAUGAAAAAACCGCAGCAACUAACUUCGGGUAAAUUUUUCGUCCUAUCAUUGGCCUCCUUUACCGACAUUCUCAAAACUACGAUGGGAUAUUUGUCAUUAUUACGAACACUUAUAUGAAGAAUUUCCUUUUAUCCUAUUUGAUCCAUUUAUUAUUAAGGUCACUUUUAUUUUUCAUAAUAAUUUAAUAUCUUUCGAUAUCAACU